UUCAUCCCAUUGCUAGAGAAUGCCAGGAGAAGGAGCGCUGGGGGACUCAUUGCAGGCUGCCGGUUUUCAGAGGUAUUACGGAGUUCUCAAAUCUAUGGGGGAGAAAAAGCACUGCCCAGAGCCCCUUAAGGUUUGGUCUUGAUCUUGGAGCUCUUUCCCAAAGUUAACGAUCCUGCCCAUCAGACUGGGUGGUCUCCAGAGGUGCCUUCCAACCCCACCUAUUCUGUGAUUCCAUGGCUGGGAUCAUAAAACGCCACAUCGUUUGUCCCCAGAUAAGCGCCACCGAGGCUGUUGGGGAUGCGAGGGAGGUUUCACAGCUCCGGGCUGCCGGGGCCGGGGCCGGGUCUGGGGCACGGAGCGCUGCCGGCCCCGCCCCGGGUCCGUCAUCCGGCGGCGCCGGGGCUGUCCCGUUGCCCGGUGACGAUGUCGGAGCGGCGGGCGCGGGGGCCGCUGCAGCGGGUGCAGCGCCGGAACCGGGAGCUGCGGGCGCAGGUGGAGGCGCUGAGGGCGGAGAGCGCGGCUGCAGCCCCCGGGCAGCGGGAGGCCCUUCGGCUGAGAUGUACACAGCUGAAGGAAUUGGUGGAAGAGAACACAAACGCUCUCCGUGGUUUGAAAAAAUCUGAUGAGCCUGCGCCAGUGGGGAAUUACAGCCAGAGGAAGGAAGAGGAAGAAAAGCUGUUGCUAAGACUCUCCCAGCAGCUGCAGAAACUCCUUCUUGUCUUGGAUCAGGAUAAUGUGACAAAGAAUUAUCCAGGGGGUGAGGAACACCAGAAAGGCCCUCAUGCAGAAGAGGGAAAUGAAGAAGAGGAGGAGAGUGAAGAUGAAGAAAGUGAGGAAGAAGACACUGAAGAAGAAGAAGAUGAGGAGAAGUUGUUGGAUGAUCCAGAUGUUAGAGAAUGUGUUGCUGUCGGGAACUUUGAUGCCCAGCAGGAAGGGGAUCUCACAUUUCUAAAAGGUGAAAUCCUGCUCAUACACAACAAGAAGGCAGAUGGCUGGUGGGUAGCUGAAAAUUCCAAGGGAGAGAGAGGCCUUGUUCCCAGGACAUACCUUGCGGUUCCUAAGGAAGAGGAAGAAAGCCAGGAGGAGUCAGAAGAACACACAGAAGUGGUGGAUGAAACAGCGGAUGGAACUGAAAUUAAAAGAAGAACAGAUUCCCACUGGAGUGCUGUCCGAGCCAUCAUAGAGAAUGACACUGUGGAGGUACUGACCACCACAGGGGCAGUUCCUGCAGGAUUCCGCCCAUCCAUGCUUUUCCAUCUCUUGGAGGAAGGUGAAGAGUUUCGAGCAAGUUACUAUUUGCAACCUAAGCUUACUCCAUCCCAGCUGGCUUUUAAAGACUUGGUGUGGAACUCAGAGAGAAAUACUAUCCAUCCUAGACCGACCAGAGUGUCCCUGAUUGUCACUUUAUGCAGCUGCAAGAUGAUCCCUCUGCCUGGAACCGGUGUGCGGGUCCUCAGCCACCAUGUCCGGCUCUGCCUCUUCGAUGGCAGCCGGGUGCUGAGUAACAUUCACACAGUGAGAGCCAUGUGGCUGCCUAAAAAUCCUCAAACUUGGACCUUUUCUCCAAGGGUGAUGGGCAUCUUACCCAGCUUGCUUGAUGGUGACUCUUUUGUCAGGUGCAACUCCCUAUCUUCAGACACUGGGAUAUUGUUUGAGCUUGGCAUCACGUACAAGUGCAAUUCAACAGGUGAAAGAGGAGAGCUGAGCUGUGGCUGGACCUUUCUGAAGCUUUUCACUUCCAGUGGGAUUCCUGUUCCUUCCAAAAUGUAUGAGCUGGUCCUGAGUGGUGGAACUCCCUAUGAGAAAGGCAUUGAGGUUGACCCAUCAAUAUCAAGGAGAGGCUCUGGGGUUUUUCAGCAGUUUAUGAGCCUCAGGAAGCAGCCUGUGCUUCUGGUGAAAGUGAAGUCACCAAGUGUGCACUCAAAAGACAUCCUGAAUUUUCUCCCUGAAACAUUAGUUGGAGGCAUGUGCUACAUCCAUCUCCUGGUGUUUUAUCGGCAAAUCCUUGGAGAUGCCCUCCUGAAGGACAGGAUGAGCAUGCAAAGCACAGGUGAGCACUGGAGGAAGAUCAGGCUCGUCCGGGGAAUGACUCCUGCCAGGUCUCCCUUUGACUUAAUCUGUAAUCCUGUUCUAGCAACUUUCCCUCAACUCCUGGAUCAGCCAGACCUGAUGGAUGCACUUCGGAGUGCCUGGGCAGACAAAGAAAGAACAUUGAAGAGAAUUGAGAAGAGAGAUCAAGAAUUCCUGAAGUCUGCAUUUGUCCUAGUGUACCACGACUCUGUGUUCCCUCUGCUCUGCUCCACGUACCUCCCCAGCUACAGAUGGGCUGAGGAAGAGGUGGAAUUGUCUCGCUGGAAGGUGAUCCAUGACUUCCUGAAAAGGAGCCGGGAGAAGGAUGGUGCACUGGAGUACCUGCUGUCAUCAGAAAACACCCACAAAGCCUUUGACAUCUCAGAGCUGGCCUAUGAUUUCUUAGGAGAAGUGAGGGGAAAGAAUCCUGGAGAAUGAACAAUUCAGGCUCUCUAAGAACGUGGUAACAAUAAAAUUAAAUUCUUACCAAAGAGAUUGUGUAGGAGCUGAAUUGUAAUGGAUAUUUUAGCACAAUUAAGAUUUUGAGAGAGAUUAAAAUUAUUUUAUCUGUU